CAUUAGUAAUUUUUUAUGGAGAAAACUUGCGACAUGAAGAACAGCGAGCCAUUAUGGAAUAAUGUUCCAGGGGAUAUUCUGAGUUUGAUAAAGUCACGCCUUUUUGCCAAAGACUUGGUCUGCUUCAAUUCCGUUUGUAAAACUUGGCGUUCAUCUCCUGUUUUUCGGCGGAAUUAUGCUACGGAACUCAUCAAAUAUCCGUCUCUGAUACACUUUCACGGCGAAAAUCCAUCCUGCAACGUCUACAAUCCGGUUUACGACAACACAUUCGUUCUGGAUAUUCCUGAGCUGGUCGGCACUCAAAUUCUGUUUUCGAAGCAUGGCUGGCUGCUUGCGUCCCGAGAAGCUGAGAUGUUUUUCUUCCAGCCUUGUACAAAGCAAAGAAUUAAUUUACCCGAUUUAAACGAGACAGCGAAUAAAUAUAGCUUCAACAGGAUGUGUUUUUCAUGUGCACCGACUUCACCCGACUGCAUGGUUUUCGGAAUAGUGGACACGUGGACAGAUGAGAAGGAGGUUUAUAUCUCCUUCAUUCGCCGGGGAGAUGAUUCAUGGACAUCGCUCACGUUCCCUAACAAGAAACGACUCUCUCAUACGACUCCGGCUUACUGCAAAACAACAUUCCUCACAUCCUAUAACCAUCCUGUUUUCUUUCGAGGAGCUUUUUAUUGCUUAAGUGAAGAUGGCUGCCUGGGUGUUUUUGACUCCACCAAGAGAGGAGAUGCUCGAUGGAUAAUACUCCACCGACGGAACCCAUGUACGGAUCCGGAUAUUGAGAACUUUCUGGUCGAGUACAAUGGCGAGUUGGUGUCGGUUUUUGUCGGUUACAUGGGAGAGUAUGUGAGGGUUUAUAAGCUUAAUAAUUGGAUUCCAAGGUCUUGGAAGGAAGUGGAAAGCCUAGAAGAUUGGAUGAUUUUUAUUAGCCACACCUCUUCUAUUUCUCUAUCGUCGCCCAGUCAUAGCUCGCAAGUGCACGGAAUGGAGAACAAGAUUUACUUUCCUAAGUUUCAUGGCGGCCAUAGUGUCUUCUUUUCGCUUUCAACUUGCCAGUUUCACUCGUUUCAAGAGGAUGGAUAUACUGCUGAAGACUUGGAGAACAUGAAGGAAUAUGUGAAUGGAACUUGGUUCCAACCCAGUUUCCAAUUGUUUUCUUAUGAUGAGCUGGAUUGGCUCUCGGCCAAUCCUGUGACAUAUGAUCAAGACCAGAACACUGAGGAUAGUUUCAUUCGCAGCUUGAGCUUCAAAACCACUGCUCGUCAUCAAGUUCCUGUUCUGAACCGGCAAGAAGCUGCAGUGAGCGCACAUCCAUGGCUCGUUCUCCUCCACGGAGAGAAUGAUGAAAUGCAGACCUUCUUUGAUGUAUCAAAAGGCUGCAGUUAUACUAGAAAAAUAGAUGAAUUGCGGGGGAUGUCCAUUUGCUGCUAUCGCGAGGAAUGGUUAGUGAUCCUGUCCAACAAAACUAGCGAUUGUUUCUUGUUGAAUCCGACAUCAAUGGAGAGAAUUCUGCUACCACAAUGGGAUUCCUUCCAUUAUGACGUAUGUAUCCUCACAUUGUCUCCGGAUGAUCCUGACUGCUUGGUGUCGUUUUUCGGAAGAAGAAGCGAUGAGGCGGAGGAGUAUGGCGGUAGCAUUAUGUUCUGUAAAGUUGGUGAUGAUAAGUGGACCAUAGAAGCCUUAUCGAAGGAAGAAGAAAAUCGAAGAGUGCUCAAGGUCACGAGCCAUAAUGGAAAGAUUUACGCGUUCAAGAAUGACUCGAGGCUUGUGAUCAUUGAAAUGAAACCUAGUUUUAGGAUAAUAGAUGUGGGAGUGGAGCCCCCUAUUAACAGGAUAAGAGGGGCACGGGUUUGUGACGAGUCUUUACUUGAAUCACAAGGUGAGCUUGUUUGUUUAACAAUGUAUGACCAUGGGAAAUCAAGGAGGGAAAAACAUAUGGGUGUUCAAAGUAUUUCUGUUUUCAAGAUGAAUUUUGAGACGAUGAUGUGGGAGGAGAUCAAGAAGCUGGGUGAUGUUACCAUAUUUGAUAGUAGGUUUUGUAGCAGCUCAUGUUGUGCAACAGAAUCGACAUUUCAGGGCAAUACAAUCUACGUCCUAGACAGAUUGCACCCAACAAAAUUGUGGUCAUAUGACAUGGAGGAUGGGAGCCUUACUGUUUCUCUGCCUUGCAAAGAUUUAGAAAAUUGUUCGGGAGGUGAAUUUGUAAUGUGCCGAUAUUAAAAUAAAUUUACCUUUUUGUUUCUUCCAAAAAUAUUUCUUUCAACAGUCGCAACA